AUGCGCGCAAGCGCUGCCAUUCUAUUUUUUGCGGCCUGGCCAUGUUUUAUUCACGCGCAAAAUACGCGUUCGCGCGAAAACAGCCCAAAUUUCGCGAAUGGAAUAAAUGAAAAUUUAAGCCGUCUUGUGCCGUGCGUCAAGAAUCUAGGCCUUUCGAACUGUAUGGGCGCAUACGGAGCUUGGCGGGCCGAAAGAUCUUUGGAAGCAGACGUGCAUGAACCAUUAAACAGUGAGCGGUUUCCAUGGCAACGUUUCUACAAUGUAUCCGAUGAUACACUUUACGAAAAGCUUUGUGAUGCAACAGAGAGGCUUCUUCAACGACGUGCACUUAAACUACAUUUGAAUCAAGAGUAUAGUCUACAAUUGGGAGUAACUGGAAACGGAUCGUUAAACGUUGAUGUCUUAAAAGGUGACAUUGCGACGGGGAGAAGCAGUAUGAAAAAGUUUGAAAAAUAUUUCUAUGAAUUGGUGCCAUUUAUAUUAUUGCCUGGUCUCUUAAUGUCCGCGGUCUUGCCCUUCUUAUUGCCAACGUUGAAAAUGAUGACUAUCGGAGCUGGAAUGCUUAACAACAUGGCCCUAACAGGCGCUGUGUUCACUCUUCUCAGAAACAACGCUUUCAAUGAUAAAUAUGAGAAGAAAGUAAUUUAUCUAAAUAACGGUUAUCUUAAUGACAAAUAUGAACCACUCGCCGAUAGCCCAUCUGAAUUUGUAGUUGAAGGAGAUUUUGACAAGUUUAGAGAUAAAUUUCCCGAAAAGUUCGCAGCUGUAGAAAGCAAUGAUUUUAAUAUUCAUGGUCCAGAGUCGUUAGAUGCAAACUACCAAAUCAGUUCAGAUUGGCUAAAACAGAUCACGGGGAAGGAUGAUGUUAAGAUUUUCCGAAAUAAUUUUGUCGGAAAUGAUUGGAGAAAACAGUACGAUGUCGGAAAGGACUCGGAAUGGGUCGGUAAAGAUAUGUGAAUGUAACAUAUUAUCACACAACACUUAAGAGGAAAAAUCUGAGGAAAAUCUUUAUCAGUGUAGUAUGCCAGCGAUUAUGUGACGAUCUCAAAACAUUUUAACCGACUGACACUAUUCCAUUAUUGGCUAAAAUAUUCAAUUGGAACGUGGUGGCAAUUCUGUACAAAGCUAAACUAAUCAACAUUUCCAGGUCUAUAAGAACUGCUAUCCUUUUUACAAAAUUUCCAGUGGAAGA